AUGGCUGUUGGAAUUUUGAAAGUUAAAGGAAACAAAGUCGUUGACAACGAUGGAAACGAAGUUCUUCUCCGUGGUGCCGCUAUUGGCGGUUGGAUGAAUAUGGAGAAUUUCAUCACUGGUUACCCAGGUCAUGAGUCGCAACAUCGUGCUGCUAUGCGGAGAGUCUUAGGGCCAGAGAAGUACGAAUUCUUUUUCGACAGAUGGCUCGAGUAUUUCUUCACUGAGGCGGACGCCAAGUUCUUUGCUGGGCUGGGACUGAAUUGCAUACGGAUCCCGUUCAAUUAUCGCCAUUUUGAGGAUGAUAUGAACCCACGGGUACUGAAGGAAUCUGGUUUCAAACAUUUGGAUCGGGUGAUAGAAUUGUGCGCAAAAGAGAAGAUAUACACCAUUCUGGAUAUGCACACCGCUCCUGGUGGACAGAACGGGGACUGGCAUUCUGAUAACCCGACCAGCUACGCUGCUUUCUGGGAUUUCAAGGAUCAUCAAGACCGGACAGUAUGGCUGUGGGAGCAGAUUGCAGCACGAUACAAGGACAAUCCAUGGGUUGCUGGAUAUAACCCUCUGAAUGAGCCGUGCGAUCCGGAGCACGUCCGUCUUCCGGCUUUCUAUGAGCGCGUUGAGAAAGCCAUCCGAGCUAUUGACCCAGAUCAUAUCCUGUGGCUGGAUGGAAACACGUUCGCCAUGGAGUGGAAAGGCUUCGAUAAGGUUCUUCCGAACUGCGUUUAUGCUAUGCAUGACUAUUCUUCAAUGGGUUUUCCUACCGGAGAGCGAUACAAGGGAACCCCAGAGCAAAAGGAACACCUAGAACGGCAGUACCUUCGCAAAGCCGAAUUCAUGAACAAAAACGGGACAGUAAUCUGGAACGGCGAGUUUGGCCCCGUCUACGCCAAUCCCCGUACGGAAGCAGAGGCAGAAACCAUCAACCAAGAACGUUACAGCCUUCUGGGAGAGCAGCUUCGUAUCUAUGACAAGUACAAAAUCCACUGGUCUAUCUGGCUGUACAAGGACAUUGGCCUGCAGGGUAUGAUCCACACAAGCCCAGACAGCAAAUGGAAUAGGACGAUUCAGCCCUUGCUUGAGAAGAAAAAGAAGUUCUGGCUUGAUGCAUGGGGCAGAGAGCCAUUCGCGGAGCCUGAAGCAGCGCUCAAGCCACUGGUUGAUUGGAUCGACAAGGUCAGUCCAACGGCAAAGGAAACGUACCCGACCCCAUGGAAUACGGAGCGUCACCUACUGCGGAACGUCUUCCAGACAUUCUUGGCAGCAUCUUUUGUGAACGAGUUCGCGGAGCUAUUUAGAGGAAUGGAUGAGAAGGAGUUAGACGAGUUGGCACAUAGCUUUCACUUUGACGAGUGUGAGCAGCGAGGGGGACUGAAUGAGAUCCUGAGGGAACAUGCUCGUGCAACGAAGCACUGA